CCUGGACAGGCGGCCAUAGCACAGGUUCUCAGAGGCACCGUGACUGACUUCCCUGGAUUCGAUGGGCGGGCUGAUGCAGAAACUCUCCGGAAGGCCAUGAAAGGCUUGGGCACGGAUGAGGAGAGCAUCCUGACUCUGUUGACAUCCCGCAGUAAUGCUCAGCGCCAGGAGAUUGCUGUGGCUUUUAAAACUCUGUUUGGCAGGGACCUUCUGGAUGACCUGAAAUCAGAACUGACUGGAAAUUUUGAAAAAUUAAUCGUGGCUCUGAUGAAACCCUCUCGGCUUUAUGAUGCCUAUGAAUUGAAGCAUGCUCUUAAGGGAGCUGGGACAAAUGAAAAAGUCCUGACAGAAAUUGCUUCAAGGACCCCUGAAGAAUUGAGAGCCAUAAAACAAGUUUAUGAAGAAGAAUAUGGCUCGAGCCUGGAAGAUGAUGUGGUGGGCGAUACUUCAGGGUACUACCAGAGGAUGUUGGUGGUGCUCCUUCAGGCUAAUAGAGACCCUGACGCUGGAAUUGAUGAAGCACAGGUUGAACAAGAUGCUCAGGCUUUGUUCCAGGCUGGAGAACUUAAAUGGGGAACAGAUGGAAAAUUUAUUACCAUCUUUGGAACACGAAGUGUAUCUCAUUUGAGAAGAGUGUUUGACAAAUACAUGACUAUAUCAGGGUUUCAAAUUGAAGAAACCAUUGACCGAGAGACUUCUGGCAAUUUGGAACAACUUCUUGCUGUUGUGAAAUCCAUUCGCAGUAUACCUGCCUACCUUGCGGAAACCCUCUACUAUGCUAUGAAGGGAGCUGGAACAGAAGAUCAUACCCUCAUCAGAGUUGUGGUUUCCAGAAGUGAGAUUGAUCUGUAUAACAUUAGGAAGGAGUUUAGGAAGAAUUUUGCCGCCUCUCUGUAUUCCAUGAUUAAGGGGGACACGUCUGGGGACUAUAGGAAAGCCCUCCUGCUGCUCUAUGGAGGCGAAGAUGACCGACGGGGGCCUGGGGAGCCGCCCCGCGCCGUGUCCGCCCCGCACCCCUGCCUUCCUGCAGCGCAGCUCAGGGCACCCUGCACGCCCGUGCUACGCACACUGCCUUACUCACGCUAGCAUGCCGUGGCCAGAACACAUAUGUUGUAGAAGAACGUAGCGGUGCUCCUUCUGAUCUUAAGUUAAGAUCUUUCUCUUUAACUGUUGUAGCACUAAAGCGUACUUAUGUUACUAGGACUCAAGUCUGGAUCAUUUAUAUUUUCAUAUAAGAGGCAGACUGCUUUCACCCUUUUUAAAAAGCUUAAUUUUAUUAAAUUGAUAACCAUAUUACCUUAAUCGGAACCUUAGCCUUGAAAUUGUGAACUCCUGGAAGUGUUAUUAAUCAAGUUUGCUACCAAGUUAAACCUAAAAAAUUAUGGUAGUUGCAAUCAAAAGAUUAAUGAAUAAUAAACAUUUCCUUCUUCCUGAAAAAAACAAAAAACAAAAAAAACAA